AUGCAAUUUACAACUACAAGUCGCAGUGCACUUGUCCUCAAUUACCAAGGUUUUCAAUGUACUAAUAAGCGAGAAUAUAAAAAUAGCAAUGAAUGGCGUUGUCGUGCAAGACCAUGUACAACAUCUUUAUCAUUAUGUCGUGAUAAUAAAUUAAUUAUUCGGGAACCAGGGGUGCAUAUCUGCGCACCUAAUUUACAAAAAAAGGUUGUUGUUGAAGAAGCUGUUACACGUAUGAAACAAAGAGCUAUGGAAGAGACCUUUCCUAUUCCUCAAAUAUAUUCCCAAGAAAUAAUAAAAAUUCGUGUUGAUAAUCCUACUAUGGAUACUGGUACAUUCUUUCCAUUGCUAAAUAGCAUUGAUUCAAGUUUAUAUCGGAAACGUGCUCAGAAUUAUCCUAAAUUGCCAAAAGCAAUUGGUGAACUUAUUAUUCCAGAUGGAUGGAAAGUCGGCUUAAAUGGAGAACCUUUUCUUCUCAUAGAUGAGAUUUAUUCUACGUCAUCUGUUAUUAAUUGCACAAAAAAAGGGAUUUCUCUUAACGCAAAGCGCAUUACAUGCGAUUAUGAAUUAGCAACGAUCAACGCUUUCCGAACAGUUUUUCCUUCUGUUCAUGUAGCUGGUUGUUUCUUCCACUAUUCCCAAUCACUUUGGAGAAAGGUUCAAGAAUUAGGACUUAUUCGUUGCGUUAAUCCUUCGAAUUUAAAAACGUCAACUAGAAUAUCAAGUGAUGAGAAAAAAAAAGCUAAUGAUUGGUUUUUAUGUGCUAUUGGUCUUGCUCUGAUUCCACAACAUCUAGUCGAAAGAACAUGGACAGAUGAUACGGAUGAAAGUACGCCACAUCAUCAUUCAAGUGUUAAGUUUAAUGACUACUUGGUUUCAACGUAUGUUGAUUCAAGUUCGUGUCGUUAUCCAAUUCACUUAUGGAAUGUGAAUGAUGCUGUGGUGAAUAAUUUACCAAGAACAAACAACCACGUUGAAGGAUAUAACAGUAGACUUGGUACAUUAUUCCCCACGCAUCCACAUAUAUUUAGAUUUAUUGAGCUCUUAUGUGAUGAACAUAUAUUUCAGCAUCACCACUCUGAACAAUCAAAAAUCCAUGCACCCAAACGGGUGAAGUUGACCGAAGAUGCUAAUGCUCAACUUCUCGCCCUUCUCAAUCAACACAGUAACCGACAAAUCACAGAUCUACAGUUAGCAAUUCAAUGUGGUAAAGUUGUUAAAACAAAAUUAGUCAAGAAGUAG